UUCGUAGAGCUUUUAUUAAGUUACAACAGGCAGCGCCAUCUGUGAAAUAGAGCUUAAAGCUGACCAUGAGAGCUUCAGGAGAGCUUUCUUAAAAGGAGUCAAACUGCCAGUUAGGGAGGCAGCUAGCGUGAUUGCGAUCUCGUUUUUAUGUUGCGAUAUGUUCCAUGCGGCCCCCAAAGAUGAUACCACCCGAUUAUCUAACUUAAUCCUACAGCAAACUGUAGUUAAACACCCCAAAACGUCGACGAUCACCCAAGAGAACAUCGCUACUUUCUCCGGGGUGUAUAUGAUGAUGGUGGAAUUAGUAGGCGUGCAAGGGAAAAAUGUUAGCAAAAAAAAAUAAGCCAAGUAAAAGUCCCAACUUACAUACUGACAAACUCGCGCGCGACGAGCGAUCGACGAAAGGUGUGCGCUGCGGAGAGCUUUGGGAGAUCCACCGAUGGGCAGAGCAGCACCAACAACAGCACCAGCAACGGAAUACUACUGACCUACUAAAAAGAAAGUCUCUCUCUCUCGCGUACGCGGCGCUCCUCACGCCAACCAGCAGCUGGCUGGAGACCCGCUGGAUGUAGGGGAAGUCAGCUCGGCUACGGCAUUGAACUAAGUGCGGCUACUUUUUGGCUCGUUCUUCAUAGAAAUGGUUUCCCAAUUCUCGAUCACGAAUGGCUCGCCCGAAACUACCCAUUGUCGUGGCGCCAAUCGCCCCAAAACCGUGCAAAGAUAUUAGAAAUCUUUGAAUAUGUGCUCACGCGGCGCUGUCGGUUUUACCCUUUCUUCCCCUUUGUUUGCUCUGCUUUCUCUCUCGUUCCGCGAUCGCGACGCGCACGUUGUGGUGCGGUGCUGCACGAGCAGCAGCAGCAGCAGCAGCAACAGCAGCGGAUAUUUCCGAGUAGUAGAGAUCCCUUCUCCGGUGGCGAUCGCAUCGCGGUGCCCGCCUUUGGAGUUGGGGUUGACUGACGACGAUUUCCCGACCGUGGGGUCCACGGUUCGCGCAGCUAGUUCCACUUUAACUACCGAGCAGCGAACACGCGCGAGACUUAUCCCGCCGCCCGCUCAUUCAAGUCACACGUUACCGCGGAAUUUUGCGUGAUCGUGAUCGUACUUCCCGAGUACUCUGCUCUCUCUCUCUCUCUCUCUCUCGCAUAGAGUGGUGAUCGAUUUUUCAAACCCCAAAAUGUCAACUAAAUUUCCAUCGCAUAAAUUACAGCACGCCAAUUGCCCUGAUACAAACAUGGGAAAUGUUUUUACAACAUAACUAAACCACGACAGCGUAGAGAAAGUCCUCGGAACACACCUCGGGGAGUGGUGGGGGGGGACCACCUUUCCAAGUGAUAACGAAGAUCGGUGCAGCGGUGAUGUGGAUACUUCCGCCGUAGGUGAACAACACAACCACCGCGACGCCUGAGGGAGUGGUGUUAAUGAAUCAUUACUCUAAUUGUGGCCGUUUAAGGCACAUAUCGGGACGUGUGAUCGUUGACCAUCCGUCGAUCGUCGUGGGGUAUCGUGUGACCAAAGAAGGCAACCGACAUACACGGCACAUUGUGCGAAGAAAGUGUCCCAUUAGUGCUCCGAAAAAGGGGAAAACUUGCAGUAGCACCAGGUUGGACCAAGAGCAAAAAAAAGGUGCCACCAGUGCCCGGUGAAUGAUAGGAGAUAGUGGGCUGCUACUUGGCGGCAGGGAAGGGAUUAUCUGCCAGGAACAGCAGCAGCAGCAGCAGCAGCAGCAGAAACCGGAAGACGCACCCCAGGUGCGGUGCCACCCAGCUGUCGUGUGACAACUUUGCCUAGCCAGGCGGUGCAAACCGGGACGAACGGGACUUGUGCAGAUAAUGUGCAACGAUCAAACGAGCGCCUGUGUGCCUGAUUGAACAAUUCGCGUGAGGUUGAGCGACAAGCACAUCGAGAAGGGAUAGCGAGUCACAACAGGUGGCUAUUUGGUGGUUUCCAUUAGCGGAAAACGAUACCAAAGUAACCAGAAACUGUACUGAUCGUGAAUGAUCGUGCAACGAUAGCUUCACAGAGUUUGGCAAACGAGGCAGCAACCACAAUCCAGAAUUGCCAUGGAGAUCCACCGCAUGCUACGACCACAUAACAAGCAAAUAUGGAGGUUGCUGGUGCAUGUCGUUAUGCUUUGCUUCUUGAUGUUUGGCCCGGUGGCAACCGAAAGUUACGGAUACGAUUCUGCUUCAUCGUGUGAUCCGACGAGAGCGUCACGCCGGGGACGCUCGCAAUUGCUCAAGACCAUCCCGUGUGAUCUGAGUGUCCAGGCGUACUGUAACCUGCCCGGAUCUGCCUAUCCCUGGCAUGCGGUGCGCCGGUUUGUGCACGAAAACCAGGGCCUGAUGCGCCGGAUGUACGGUGACGUGCGCCAUAUCUCCGUGCUGAAGGAGGAAUUCGAAAACAACGAGAUCGACAUCGAUGACAUCGAUCGUGCGGCCGAACGGUACUCGCAGCGUCCACUAGACGGCAAGCGGCGGGCGGACGGAGCCAAACGGAUGAAAUAUCUUCGACCAUCUACUGCUUCCCACUACGCCGAAACCGGAGGGGCACACUAUCUGCGUGACAAAAACAACGAGAUCUUGUACAACGAGCCACACUUCCGGCCAGCUCAACAGAAGACCACCUCUACAACGACGACAGCAACAACGACGACGACGACGACAACUGGGACACCAGCAACGACAACGACAACCACCACGAAACCGGCAAUGACGACGACGACGACGACCGCAAGGAGUACGGCCUCUUACACAACCGGUGAAUCACCACCACCGCUGAGCAAUCUGACCACCACUGAGCCAAAUGCUUCUUCAACGGAGCGAUCUGUUCCACUGGUAACUGAAGACAAACAAUCUUCAAGUGAUAGUCAUAGACAGACCAGUACUGUGACUCCUUCCAGCACUAUCUCAACUUCAGAGAAAGCGCUUGAUACUAAAGAUGUCCUUAUCAAAACUGUCGACCGUCUGCCAACCAACAUGACCACUUAUUCUAAGGAAGAUCCUCCGUCUCCACUGACCUCUCCCGAGUCUAGAGAACCGGAAGCGGAGAAAAUAUCGUCGACACUGCGGUUGGCUGUUACGGCGAUCAAGUCACCGUUAGUGGAGCUCAAGCUUGCUGAUGCCACUACCGAAAGCGACGCAAGCACCGUACUGGAGUCCACCAUCGUAACUAAUCCAAAUGAUCGCCAGGUUGUGGAUCUCACGGAUGGUUCGGGAAAGUUUGAUGGAGAAGGAUUGGGAGUGGUUGCCAUUGAGGCCAGCAGUAAGAAUGCAGCCGAUACAACGGUUCAACCGGAUCUAGAGAGUAGCACUACGACUACACAGCAGCAGCACCAGCAGCAGCAGCAGCAGCAGAAGAUUCGUUUCGAAAGCAUUAAGCCACAUACUGCUGCCUCAGCCAAGAAGCCAGUUGCCGAGGGCCAACUGUUCCAGGACACGGCUCAAAAGGAAACCCCAGCGCUGAAUAUGCGUGGAGUUAAUGCAUGCCCGGUAAAGGAGGAAGUGGUGGCACCGUUCUGGGCCAAUAACACCCGUGGCGAGGUCCUGGCUUUGCUCAAUCUGUAUCCCUUUGAGCAGUACGUUCACUGGGAAAAGUGUACGCACGAGUUGAAGCAGAUGUACUGCCGGGAAGGAUGCCGGUGCGAGCAGCAGUAUCGUCUGCACCGAUUGUUGGCCUACGAUCCGCACAACGAGUGUCGUGGGAUCUUCUCCGACUGGUUCCGGUUUCCGUCGUGUUGCAUCUGCAAAUGCUACGAUAUGCCGUUCGAUGUUCGCGUCACCUCCCGUAGCCCUCGAUCGCUAACGAAGGAAUCGAUCGAGCAGAUCGAGGGUGAUCUACAGAAUGCCAUCUACGAGCACGCCACCGAUGAGUGGUAUCGACCGAAGGAUACCGAGGACGAGGAUCACGAGUAA